UUAGCUAAUACUGUAUACGAAUUAUACCCUACAGCACGGCCGCACGGGUACAGCCACGGCCAUCUUAACAGCAGGAGAGCAGCAGACGUAUAAACUUCAAGAUGAAUACAGCUCGCACUCUAGUCCGAACCUUUGCAACUGGCUCAGCACGCAGGGCAGUUAAAACUGAGACCCACCCGGGAUACCAGAAGAUGCGUACCAAGAUGUUUGAUUACCAAAUUGACAAUGGAGUGCCAAUCCACCUUAAGGGAGGUGUAGCAGACAAUAUGCUCUUUCUCAGUACCUUGAUUCUCAAUGGUAUUGGAUUUGGCAUGUGCUUGCAUUUCUUCUAUGGCAUGGCAUUCCCUAAGAAGGCAACCUAGUGAGACUCACUCACUGGUAAUGUGCAUUCAUUCCUCAUUCCUUAACUUUGUAAUAGCAUUACUAUGGGUAUUCAAUGCCAGCUCAUUAUUUAAUGGUUUAGUGUCUGUACAUAGAAAUAAUUUAAUUGAAGACCAUCAGUUUAUUUAGUGAAAAUGUAUAUUUCCGUCUAAUAAAUUAUAAUGAACAAAGA